GGCCAGCUUUAGCUUUCUUAGUUUUUUUUUUUCUAAAAAUGGCUUCCAAAACUUCCUUCUUAUUCUUAGCCUGUUUUCUUCUUAUCUCUAACCAGGUUUAUGCUAAUUGCCCUCCUGGUGCUGAAACUCCUACCCCUUCGACUUACUCUCCACCAAAGGCUCCAACCAUUCCCCCAACUACUCCCCCUGUAUACUCUCCUCCACAGGCUCCCGCUACUCCCACUUCUACUCCACCAGUAUACUCUCCACCUAAGGCUCCUACCACGCCUCCAACAACUCCUCCAAUAUACUCCCCACCAAAGGCUCCCACUACUCCUCCAUCGUCUCCACCAACAACUCCCCCAUCUAGUCCUCCAGUCUAUUCUCCACCAACAACUCCUCCGGCUAGUCCUCCAGUUUACACACCACCAACAACUCCUCCGGCUAGUCCUCCAGUUUACACACCACCAACAACUCCUCCGGCUAGUCCUCCAGUUUAUACCCCACCAACAACUCCUCCAUCUAGCCCUCCAGUCUAUUCUCCACCAACAACUCCUCCGGCUAGUCCCCCAGUUUACACCCCACCAACAACUCCACCAGUUAGUCCCCCUGUAUAUUCUCCACCAACAACUCCCCCAUCUAGUCCUCCAGUCUAUUCUCCACCAACAACUCCACCAUCUAGUCCCCCAGUCUACUCUCCACCAAUGGUUCCCGCCACACCUCCGUCCACCCCUCCAGUUUACUCUCCACCACAAGCUCCAACCAGUCCUCCAACCUACAGCCCACCACAAGUUCCUGCAACUCCGUUCAAACACGCAUUCUGCACACGAGAGUGCUUUGUUAGGUGUGGAACAAACCCAAUUUACAUGGGAAAGAUGAGGGGUUGUGUUCGAUUGUGUGGUUUAUGCUGCAGAGCUAACAAUAAAUGUGUUCCAAGCCCAACCAAAACUUGCCCUACAUGGGAUUCCAUUGUCUACCAUGGCCAAACUGUCAAGUGCCCUUAAGUCAUUUGAUUAAAUCUGAUCACUAUUGGAGCUAAACAUAAUUCUCUAUAGAUGAUAUUAUCUAUUUUAUUAGAAAAAAAAAUAUGCUUUAACUUAUAUUAGUUGGUUCAGUUUGAUAUCAUUAGUGAAAAUUACAGUAAGUUGUUCAAAUUAUAAUAUUGUCAACUAAGGUGGUAAUUAUCAAUUGGUAGGAGAUUACUAUAUUAUGUAUCUCAUUUGAUUUUAUUGCAGUGAAAUUACCCCUAGUUUAUUAGCUGGUUUUGUUAUUUUUAUAUCAAUAAUAAUUAAAUGAAAAGGCCAUUAUUAGGUCAUCUUAUAUUCGUCGG